UUACGCCUAAACCGAUAAUCGCUUUCCGGUAAAUAUUUUCUCCAAUUAAAUUGAUUAUUAGUUAGUGACAUAUUUUAUAUAAAAUAAGUGAAAUUUCAAGAAAUGGCGUCUAGUGUGGAGAUUUUCGAAUGUAAUAACAGUGAAAAUCAACCUACGUCUCUUCACGAUGCAGUCCGCAGCGGUGACAUCGAAGCAGUUCGCGAAUUUCUAAAAAACAAAUGUGACGUCAAUCAAACAGACAGCAGCGGAAACACACCUCUAUUGUUAGCUGUAUGCAUAAAGCAGGAGGAAAUUUACGACUCGAUUGUUACCGCUUUAAUUGAAAAUGGGGCAGACGUCAAUGCUUAUAACAAGGGUUUCACACCGUUAUACAACGCAGUGUUUUAUAAAAGAGAGAAGUCCGUCGCCAUGUUAUUGCAAGCAGGAGCAUGGCUAAGGCCGUCGUAUAAAAACGAGCUUCAUUUAUUGGGAGAAACAGGUGGAAAUAGAACUCUCGAAUUGAUAUUGAAGGAUCCACGUUGUACACCUGACAUAGUAAACAGACCGGAUGAUAGCGGGAGAACUCCAUUGCAUCACGCCGCUCAGAAUAAUCAUAAACAUUGUUUGGAAGUACUUCUCAAUUAUGGUGGAGAUCUAUCAGCUACCGACGAGAACAAUGAAAGUGUAGCUGAUGUUAUUUUUCAAGAAACCGUUAAUCCUGAGCUGUUCAUAACUGGUGUGUUGAAUGAGAAAAUUCGUACGAAACAACUUGAGCAAUAUAAGCAUAGCUACCUCAUAGAUUUUAGUGUGCUGGCGCCAAGAAAGAAUGGAAGACAAAUGGAGGUGAUUUCUAGCCUGCUUGUGGCUGCUACUGAAGAUGAAAAAAUUGAAUUCUUACAACAUCCACUUAUUGAGCUUUACCUGAUGUUGAAAUGGUCGAGGAUCUGUUACUUCUUCUAUUUAUGGAUCAGUGUAUAUCUCAUAUUUGCUUUUAGUAUGGGGGUUUACAUAAUGUUAGUCAUAGACCAAGUUAGAGAUGUGGAUGGUCUCAAAUUGGCACUCAAAAUUAUAGUUAUAUUCACAGCUUCGGGAUUAUUAGCGCAUGCAAUUUUACAGUGCAUCCUGGAUCGUCGAAAAUAUUUUCAACGUUACGAAAUGUGGAUGAAUUUAAUUUGUACCUGCCUCUCAUUAACUGUAGCUGUAACAUUGAAGGACUAUACAGGAAAUGCGAAUAAAAGCCUCGCGCCUAAUUGGGUGAUGCAUUUCGCAAGUAUCGCGAUUCUGAUGGCUUGGAUCGAACUAAUGCUUCUAAUUGGGCGUUUGCCAAGUCUCGGAUAUUAUGCACUCAUGUUCACAUCUGUCUUGCAGAACGUCGUUAAGGUAUUGCUUGCCUACGUAUGUCUUCUUCUUGGUUUUACUAUGAGCUUCGCUAUACAGUUCCACGCAUUUCCGCAAUUCAAGGAUCCUUGGAGAGCUUUGGUAAAAACUACAGUUAUGAUGAUGGGAGAAUUUGAAUACAGUGAUAUGUUCAACGAAGAUGAUGGUUCUCCUCAAAUACUACCAGCUACGUCUCGUUUUAUUUUUUUGAUCUUCAUAAUUUUAACAAGUAUUGUACUGAUGAACCUCAUGGUAGGAGUAGCGGUAAGUGAUAUCCAGGAACUUCAUCGCAGGGGUCGAGCAAAAAAAUUAGAAAAACAAAGCGAAUUUUUACAUCAAUUGGAAAAAGUACUUUCCUCCAAACAAAUGAAUUCCAAAUAUAUACCGGAGAUAAUAAAGCGGCUUGUUGUUAGGAGAAAUUAUAUUAACAUGCAGUUCGAGGUCAAAUCUUCAGCAGAUUUCCAAAGAAAACACAAAAUUCCCAGGAGGAUUAUUGGUAAGACAUUUUUUAGGAAAAAUCGAUUAACUGUGAAAACUGUGUCUUUUUUGAAAUAAUAUAAUUUGAAGUAGUAAUUUAGAUGGUAUAUCGUAUAAUCAUUCAUAUACUGGGUAUAUCUAAAUUUCAUCCCCCACCCUUUUACGAGAUAUCACCCUUAAAAAGUGCAUCUAUUUCAUUCCCAUUACAUCUUUCGACAUCUUUAAUUAAUGGUGAUCAUUUCUGCAAUUUUAUAAAACGUUUGCGGAAUUGAAAGGCCUAAAUGAUAUAAAUAAUAAAAUCCAUCGAUCACAUCUACAUCUAUACAUGGGUUGGUGCUAAAUAUUCAAUAGAGGAAUGUAAAAUUCUUGUUAUAGCGGAUUUAUCAGUACAUUGAACUAAGGAGCUGGUGAUAAGCUAUAUGUCAAGUAUUGGGUCUAUUUUAUUAUUGAGGAAAAUUGCCAAUAACCAUCCAAAAAUGUCUCUUUCCAUCGCAAUUGGUACUUGUUUAGCAUAGUCAUUAUUUUUUAGUGUUUCUUCAAACGUUCUGAAGCAAAAUUCUUUAUCUAAUUUUUUUUUAAUUGAUGACUCUUAUUUUAGAUGUUGUAUGAAAUUACGCUUUCUAAUAAUUAGGCCGACGAUAUUCUACAUUCGGUAUUCGUUUUCAGAUUCGAUCAUUGCUAUAGCAAAAAGCCAUAAGCAAUUUGGAGAAGAAUAUUGAAAAUUAACUAAUUCGAAGAAUUUUUCUGGAUGGAAACUUUAAGACGACAAUUAAUUUUAAACAGUUUGUAUCAUUAGUAAGAAAUACGAUGAAGUUAAUUUAGAACAUUAAUAUUUCUUAAAGUGACCUCAAGCGAUUUGGAAAUUUCGAAACUUUUUUUGUCGUGAAAUAUCUGUUGAAAUAUAAUUUCUUAGUUGUAA